AUGGCUACUUUUGUGGAGGACGGCGAUCCAGCUUGCAACCCCACCAACUGGAAUGUGGGUGUCCAUAGCUCACACGCCUCCCUUUUUGACCCCACACGGCUAAACAUCUCCAAUUGGGUUGAAAACUACCGGGCUGUGGGUGCCAAGCACGCCGUCCUCACCGCCAAACACGGCUGCGGCUUUUUACUCUGGAAUACCUCGACCACCUUGCCAAAUGGAACGGAGUAUCCCUUUGCAGUGGCACGCAGUUCCUACCCAAGCUUUCAGCGCGACGUCAUUGCCGAAUUUAGCUCCACCUUGGGGGCAGCCGGCCUGGGAUAUGGCUAUUACUACAGCACUGGCAACAACUACUUUCUCAACCGAGAUGGCUUCAAGCGCAUUGGCAACCCCUUACCAGGCCAAGUAGAUUUAACUGACGAACAAUAUAAUAUCCUGGUCUUUGAGCACGUCAAAGAGCUGUGGACGCGCUUUGGAUCGCUCUUUGAAAUCUGGUUGAUCAUGG